UGUAUGGAUUACUCAGCUGUCCGAAAACCUCAGGGCAAAUUACGAUGGAUCGCCGGAGCCGGAAGACCAACGCCGGCCCCAGCAAGCCCGGGUCAGAAACGGAUCCACCCACCAACAUCUGGUCAUUUGUCGCCGCAAGGAGUACAAAAUCUUGGUUUGUCUGCAUCAGCCUCUUCGCCGUUUUGAUUCGCCUUGCCGUUGCGCUUCACCCCUACUCCGGCGCCGGCACGCCUCCGAUGUUCGGGGACUACGAGGCUCAGCGCCACUGGAUGGAGAUUACGGUCAAUCUUCCAGUCAAGGACUGGUAUCGGAACACCACAGUCAAUGAUCUCGCCUAUUGGGGCCUCGAUUACCCCCCUUUAACUGCGUACCAGAGUUAUUUCCAUGGAAUUCUGUUGAGAUUAUUCGAUCCUCCCUCCGUUUCGCUCGUCACUUCUCGUGGUUACGAGUCCUACAUUGGGAAGCUGUUGAUGAGGUGGACGGUUUUGAUGUCUGAUGUGAUGAUAUUCUUUCCUGCUGUGCUUUAUUUUGCAACUGUGUAUUACUCCGGGAAACUUGCCAAGGACAAAACCUACAUGGCAUGGCACGUGGUGAUGAUUUUGUUGAAUCCAUGUCUCAUUUUGAUAGAUCACGGCCAUUUUCAGUACAAUUGUAUCAGUUUGGGCCUAACAGUUGCAGCUGUUGCGGCUAUUUUAUCUAAUAAAGACCUUGUUGGCUCCUUUUUGUUCUGCCUUGCUCUCAACCACAAACAGAUGAGUGCAUAUUAUGCACCUGCCUUUUUUAGCUUUCUUUUGGGCAAGUGCCUCAGGCGACAUAAUCCACUGUUUGAGAUUUUGAAACUUGGUUUUGUGGUGAUGGGGACCUUUGCUCUUGUUUGGUGGCCGUAUCUUUAUUCCAUUGAUGCAUUUUUGGAGAAAUGCUUGGAGCAGGUUCUUUCUCGCUUAGCUCCCUUUGAGAGAGGCUUAUAUGAGGAUUAUGUAGCAAAUUUAUGGUGUGCCACUUCAAUCAUCAUUAAGUGGAAGCAAUUGUUCUCCACGGACACAUUGAGGCUUUUUUGUCUCGCCGCUACUGCUUUGAGUUCUCUUCCUUCUAUGAUUCAGCUCGUGUGGUCUCCAACAAAGCUUGGUUUUUUACAUGGAUUGGCAAAUUGCUCUUCCGCAUUCUAUCUAUUCUCCUACCAAGUACACGAGAAAUCCAUCCUGCUUCCACUCCUGCCUGCGAGUUUCUUGGCCAUGGAAGAACCCUUUAUUUUCCAGUGGUUGAUAUUUCAUGGUUUGCUCUCGAUGUUCCCUCUCCUAAAGCGUGACAAACUGGUAAUACCAUAUACUGCUCUAUAUCUCCUAUUCAUCCUUCUCUACCGUGCUCCCGGUGGAAGAAAUGAUACAAAAGAGACAGAUUCCAUUUCCUCGAUUUUAAAGUCAGUCUCUUUCGCCAUUUCGAUUUUGCUUCACAUGAUCUACAUGGCUAUUACCCCUCCUGAUAAGUACCCUUUCUUAUUUGAAGCUAUAAUUAUGAUGUUCUGUUUCGCUCAGUUUUUGUUGGUUUUUAUAUAUCUUAACACUAAGCAGUGGCAAUUUUCUGAGAAUCCCAUCCAACCUGACACCAAGAAGAAAAAACUGUAAUUUUAGGAUUAACAUUUACUUAGAAAAAAACAUAGUUUGAACUCUCCAUAAUUUGAAUGGAUUGGAAUAUUUUUCUUGAGGCCCUUUGAGGAUCUCUAUCUGUAUGCCUUUACUUUAUUAACAAUCCCAGUUUCCAUGGUA